CCAAUAUACUGUAAAAAAAAAAAACUUACACCUGUCUAAUACAUGAGACUUUAUAGUGAUAAUCAUGGUAAACAUGAAGGUCUUAUGUAGACGUAUCAGAUGAGCACAUUCUAGUCCAGGGAGGGGGUGAAGGGAGUUUACUUUUCACUACAUAAAUAUCUUCAGAAACAAACACCAUCAGUGCAGAUAUGUACAUAUUACAUAUAGUGCUUAUAUCUGGUAAACACAGUAUUUUUAUGUAUAUUGAAUGUAUUAUUCAUACUUAUAGCUAUAUUUAUAUGUAAUACACAUAUCAUGUCUGCUGCAGUAAUUGCAUGAAUAGCUGUACAAUUCAUUUAGUCUCAGGUAUUGUAAUUUAUAUAAUGUAGAUAUACUGUAUAUUGCUAUGUAGAGCUCUGUAGGUAUCUCUUUAUUUUCUUCUUUUAUAUCCAUUUUUUUCAGUCAAAUGCCUCUUUACCUCUUGUUCUGUUGUAGCACGUGAAUCCUGAUCUUAUUCAAAGGUGAUGUCAAAGCUCAUGCUAUGAAAAGCUGGUUACUAUCUUAAGAGACAUCAGCAGCACUGGCCACCGAAAUGGGUUUGGAGAUACAGUUUUGGGUGAAUAUACAUUUUAAAUAUAUCUAUGUAAAUGGCUGCUGAGCCUCUGUAUAUUGUUUUGGUUGGUCAGUACUUCUUAUAAGGUCUGAGGAACACCUGGGGUUCCAGUUUCACUCCUUGAAGUUGACACUGAGGACAUGCUUUACUACAGAAAUCCUCUCACUUGGGAGUGAACUUUCCAGAUGGGGGUCUGUGUUGUUUUGGGGGUCCUGGAGAUGAGACACUUUGGAGAAAGCCUGCCAUAAGGCACAUUCUUCCACUUGCAGAGGGGGAUGGGAGGGGAGGUUUUGUUGCUCUGGCUCUCCCCCACCAUGUGCAUACCAGAGACAAAAAACAACCAGACACGGAGCUGCAACCCAGAGGAACACAACAAAGCCCCAGAAACCUCUCAUCACACACUUCACCGGGGAGAAAUCACGUCCCGGGACACGUAGAGAGAUGUAGGAUCAUUUAUCAUCUUAUUUUUCUGCCAGCAUAAAAGAGGGGGGGCUGUGGAGAAAGGGGUGGUGCAUCGGAGCUAGAGAUCUUGUUACAGAGAUCCAGACUUUUUCAUGGCAAGUUUUUUGGACGUGGGGGGAGGGCGACUCUGCAACUUUCUCGGCCUGGUGUCUUUUUCAUACCCAGCCUAAACGCUUCAAAUGAAUACUUUAUAUGGCUCUAGGUUGAUCGUCCCUUCUGUCCACACUUGAGGGCAGUUUUGGAGCUGUUGGCGUUUGGAUAAUGAAGGAAUUCAGGAGGAUCCAGCAAGGAUCGGACGAGAAGUGCAGGAUAAAAAAGUUUGGGAGGACUGUAAGAAAAGUUUGAAGCGCCCCGCAGCUUUUCUUCACCAUGCCGCGUUUGGAAACUUAUUCCACGUCUAAUGAAGAAAUCGUCCCCUCUGGGUCUCUUCUGGGUAAAGGAUCAUUGAAGCAAUAGAUCAAAAAAAAAAUCCGUUUUUUUUUUUUGUUUUUUUUUUUUUGUUUUUUUUGCACAGUUGAUUCUCGCUCCCAAGAUGUCUUCCCACGGCUGGAGCCCCAUUGUUGGAUUUUACGGGAUGCUUUGCGUCUGGGCUGCCUGGCUUUCAGGCUCCGGGGCAGUGUUGUCUCCAAACGGGACGAUAUUUGAAGACAACUGCAAGAAAACGACAACUUGCGAGGCACUUAAAUACAACACAUGCCUGGGAUCUCCUUUACCGUAUACACAUACUUCUCUGAUCCUGGCGGAGGACUCCAGCACCCAAGAAGAGGCUUUUGAGAAGUUGACCAUGUGGUCUGGUUUGCGGAACGCUCCUCGCUGUUGGUCGGUCAUCCAGCCGCUGCUCUGUGCCGUCUACAUGCCCAAAUGUGAGAAUGGUCGGGUGGAGCUGCCCAGCCAGAGCCUGUGUCUGGCUACACGUCAGCCCUGCAGCAUCGUGGACCAGGAGAGAGGAUGGCCCGGCUUCCUCAAAUGUGACAAGUUCCCUGUGGGAUGUUCGAACGAGGUGCAGAAGCUGAAGUUUAACACAUCGGGCCAGUGUGAAGCUCCUCUGGUGAAGACGGACAUUCAGUCGAGCUGGUACAAGGACGUGGAGGGCUGCGGCAUCCAGUGUGACAACCCUCUGUUCACCGAGGCCGAGCACAACGACAUGCACGUCUACAUCGCUUACUUCGGCACCAUCACCCUCCUCUGCACCUUCUUCACCCUGGCCACAUUUCUCGCCGACUGGAAAAACUCAAACCGCUACCCAGCCGUCAUUCUCUUCUACAUCAACGCCUGUUUCUUCGUGGGCAGUAUUGGCUGGCUGGCUCAGUUCCUGGAUGGAGCACGCAAGGAGAUUGUGUGCAAGAGUGACAACACCAUGCGACUCGGGGAGCCCUCGUCUUCAGAGACACUGUCAUGUGUCACCAUCUUCAUCAUCGUUUACUACUCCCUGAUGUCAGGUGUGAUUUGGUUUGUCAUGCUGACCUAUGCCUGGCACACGUCCUUCAAAGCCCUGGGCACCACCCACCAGCCGCUGUCUGGCCGAACCUCCUACUUCCACAUGGUCACCUGGUCCAUCCCCUUCGUCCUCACUGUGGCCAUCCUGGCUAUCGCUGAGGUCGACGGAGAUUCAGUGAGUGGGAUUUGUUUUGUCGGCUACAAAAACUACAGAUACCGCGCUGGAUUUGUGCUGGCACCCAUUGGUGUUGUGCUUGUCGUCGGCGGCUACUUCCUCAUUCGGGGCGUCAUGACCCUGUUUUCCAUCAAGAGUAACCACCCAGGACUACUGAGCGAGAAAGCAGCCAGCAAAAUCAACGAGACCAUGCUGAGACUGGGCAUAUUUGGGUUCCUUGCUUUUGGCUUUGUUUUCAUCACCUUCGGGUGCCACUUUUACGACUUCUUCAACCAGGCUGAAUGGGAGAGGAGCUUCAGAGAAUACGUGCUGUGUGAAGCCAACGUGACGAUCGCCUCUCAGACCAACAAGCCGAUCCCAGAAUGCACCAUUAAGAACCGGCCAAGCCUCAUGGUGGAGAAAAUCAACCUGUUCUCCAUGUUUGGGACUGGAAUCGCCAUGAGCACCUGGGUGUGGACCAAAGCCACCAUCCUCAUCUGGAAACGCACCUGGUGCAAGAUUAUUGGCCGCAGCGACAAUGAACCCAAGAGGAUCAAGAAGAGCAAGAUGAUUGCCAAGGCGUUUGCAAUGAGGAAGGAGCUCCACAAGGACCCUGAAAAGGAGCUGUCGUUCAGCAUGCACACUGUGUCUCAUGACGGGCCCGUGGCUGGAAUCAAUUUUGACCUCAAUGAGCCAUCCAAUGACAUGUCAUCAGCCUGGGCACAGCAUGUGACUAAGAUGGUGGCCAGGCGAGGUGCCAUCCUGCCGCAGGACAUUUCUGUCACACCUACUGGUACACCAGUGCCACCUCCAGAGGAGAGGAACAGACUGUGGAUGGUAGAGGCUGAGAUUUCACCAGAGAUGAUUAAGAGGAAAAAGAAGAAGAAGAAGAGGAAGAAGGAGGUGCGUCCAGUGAAGGAGGUGGUGGACCACCAGGCUUAUCAUCAGCGUGAGUUUGGCCGCAGCUCAGUGCCUCGCCUGCCCAAACUGCCUUGCCACCCGAGCCUGGUUGCCAAUCUGCGGGAACAGCAGAGGCAACAGCAGAAGCUGGAGGAGGAAGUCCUGCCAGGGUCCUACCCAGACUUCCAACCCUCACACCCUCUGUCCUGUGAGGACAGAUGUCCCUACCCCUACCAGAGCAGUCAGAACAGCUACGGCCACAGGCUGCUCUCUAAUCCUCUGACCCUCAACGAUCGUCCGGAGGAUCUGGGUCUCGGCCCACGCUGCCCCCCCUCAACUUCCACCUGGCAGCCUAGAGGAACUUCCCACUACCCCAGGGAAGUGGAUCUCAGCGACGGGCUGUCAGAGAGGUUGGCCCACGUGGCUCGGGUACCAGCGGGCCGAAGGGCCGGCUAUGGUCCCAUCCACUCCCGGACGAAUUUAAUGGAGGCGGAGCUCAUGGAUGCUGACUCUGACUUCUAAGAGCAAAGCGCCAAUAAAUUCUGUUUGUUUUUUUGUGGUACACAGACUGUAAGCUAUAAAAAGUGCUGGAUACUUUCAAAAUUCUUACUACAGUGCACCUAAACUCCAAUGCCCAGAGGUCAAGAUGGAACUAAGCUGGUCAUUUUUUAUUUUCUUUGAUUUUGUUUGUUUGUUGGUUUGUUUUUUAGAAAAAGCAAAAGGAUAAAGUGAAAAAAUAUGUUGUGAAUAAGUUAAUGAAAAAAUAUUUUUUGUACUUUAUUUGUGUCCAAUAAAAUUUCAAAGGCAACUCCAUGAUGAUGAGACAAAUGAGGCAGCUAAACUGUACAUGGCUUGAAACAAUAUAGAUACCGUUAGUCUGAAACGCUACCAGCUCAACCCUGCUUGUGACAACAUUAAACUCUAAACGUGGCAGGGUUAUUAGUCCUGUUGGUGUCAGACAAGUUGCUGGUCAAAAUUGCAACUGACCCAGUCAACUCAUGUUGGGAUUACUAGAAAGGGCACUACAUUUAAGGUUUUUAAGGUGUAAUCCUAGAAAACUAUUUGAAAGUCAACAGUAUUCUUAAUCUUUAACUAAUCAUAAUUAUUUGAACUGUCCCAGUGCAGUAAAACACGACUCACACAGGAAACCAUACAGGUUUAAAAAGCUGCUUGCAAAUACUGUUGAACCCAGGUCUUCGCUUGUAUUAUAUUUUAAAGUUUUUAAGGCUCUGUUCCCUCCACUAUUUAGCCAGUAAUUAAUUGUGUUUAUGUACAGUUAACUUCAUGUACUAACCAUUAUCUCCUAUGCCCUGUUAGUGCUAUCAUCACUGCUUUGAGAGGUUUCUUUGUGAAUUUGGAAUACACACUGGGACUUCAACUGAAACCAGGAAGUACUAAAAGAAAUGGUAACACAACAUGUGUUUGGUUUUAAAUGAACACAUCAGUUUCUCAGCUUCACACUGUGAUAAUUUACUUCAGUUUUCAUCAGAAUUACCCAAAUUAUUACCAUAUAGUUAAUACUUCUUAUCUAAUAGUAACAUUUAAAAAAAGAAACUAAUUAAAUGUUACUGAGCUAAAAUACACACUAAUUCUCUGUAUAUGUUCGGUUGCCUGGUGCAAUAAACCAACACUUAGUUUAUUUUUUGCCUGGACAAAAACUUGCUGCAUUGUUCAGUUGAAUUGAAUGGAAUGACCAUCUUUUUCUCGUUGAGUUCCCUUUGUAUAUUACAGAAAAACAUUUCCCCUUGUACAGUUAUUUUUAAAAGGGUUAUUUUUUUACAGCAGUAUUUCUACUUUUGUUUAUCUGUUGUAUAUAUGUGUUCCUUCAUUUCUUCAGUCCAGAUUUAAACUCUUUUGUAUGAAGUCUUUUACACUGCAGUGGGCAUAAAAAUCUUUUUCUUUUUUUUUUUACACUCUUUUUUUCUUAAUCUCAACAAAAUGCUCGUAUUUUUCCGUCACUCUUUUUCUCAAUGUGUUUGUACUGUACAUAGGCUGUUCAUAGAUUUCUCAAUAAGGGUAUUAUUUGUACAGAUUAUAUAUCAAAUCACUUGAUACUCUGCUGACAUGAUAUAUAAAAAGGGAAGAGUCAGUUAUGCUAUAAAAAGUUGUCACUGUACUUGUGCUGUAACCAAAAUGUCACCUAGUCUUGUCAUUUUACACUCACUGUGGAUAAAUGACGCUGAAGUAGACUGUGCUAGAUCGCUUUUUAGCUUUGUCUAAUAUGUCCAGUUAUUCAUGUGAGAGAGGAUUAUUUAUGUUGGUAGUAGUUACCACACUGCUAUGAAUUUAACAAUGUAGUGAAUUUGGCAACAGAAAUAAAGUGUAGCUAAUACCCUCCCAAAAAGUCUAUGUUCAAAGAUUAUUAAGAAAUUAAAUGAAAAUUACUCGGUAAUUAAGUAUUACUCUUUAAGCCUUUAAAAAGUUUUGACGGUGUCAAAAGAUUUUUCUGUGUUUUGUCUCCCAACUGUGUAAAAAAAACAAACAUUUAAUGUCACUUUUACUGUGCAAGUGUAGUUUUUGUUUUUCUGUGUAAAUAAAAGUAAUCCUUCA